AUGGAGUGUGGGAAGAGCUUUAGAUUCAAAAGUGUUCUUAGUAGCCAUAAAAUGAGUCGCCACUCAGGAGAGAAGCUAUAUGAAUGCAAGGAGUGUGGAAAGAGCUUUACUCCAUUCAGUGUGGCAGGCCUGAAGGCCCAGUGCAAAAGGUGGCUUCCAGGCCUGGCACUCUCGUCCUCUAGGCCACCAGGGAGAUGCCAUGUGCAGCAAGUCAGCUGGAAGUGGCUGCAGCCGGAAAAACACAGCAAGGCUCAGAUGCUGGACCUGGUGCUCCUGGAGCAGUUCCUGGCUGUCCUUCCCCCAGAUAUGGAGCAAUGGAAAUCCUUGGAAGCGGUGACUGAAUAUGCCAAGAAAAAGAAAUAUUCAUCCAAAACUUCUCAAGAGCUGCUGUUCAGGGAGAGCUUCCGGAAAAAUCAAAGUCAGGACACCACAUCAGGCUUAGAUUUCCCUGACCAGAUGUUGUCUCAACCGGAAAUCUUCCUUCUGUCCCCCAGGGCCAUUGUCAUCUACCAUUGCAACUUCACCCAACACUUCCAUGAAGGUGAUUUUGUGUCUUUGGACGACGUGGCCGUGUAUUUCUCCGAGGAGGAGUGGUCUCAACUGGAUGCUGACCAAAAAGCUCUCCAUGGGGAAGUCAUGCUGGAGAAUUCCAGGAAUCUGGCUUCUCUGGGAUAUAAUGGGCAAGAGAGUAAGAAUUGCAAGGAGGAAAGCCAAGCAAUUCACUCGAAAGACAGAAAAGGGAAAUUUGCAGAUCAGAUGCAACCAAAGAGUGAUGAAACAAAACAAUUACAAAAUGGAAUUAAAAAAGACUUUCCUUGGGUUAGUCGGCUUCCUAACCAUACAAUCAUUGAUAUGGGAGAAAGAAUAGAUCAAAGCAUGGAGUGUGGAAAGAACUUUAAUACAUUGACUCAUUUGAUUUUCUAUAACGAAAUACAUUCAGAAGAGAAACUAAAUACCUGCAUGGAUUGUGGAAAGACCUUUACUCGUAGGAUUACUCUUAAUCUCCACAAGAAGAUCCACACAGGAGAGAAGCCAUAUCAGUGCAUGGAGUGUGGAAAGAGCUUUACUCGUAGGGAUACUCUUAAUUCCCACAAGAGGAUUCACACAGGAGAGAAGCCAUAUCUGUGCAUGGAAUGUGGGAAGAGCUUUAGAUUCAAAAGAGCUCUUAGCAGGCAUAAAAUGAGUCGCCACCCAGGAGAGAAGCUAUAUGAAUGCAAGAAGUGUGGAAAGAGCUUUACUAGUAGGAGUCAUCUUAAUUCCCACAAGAUAAUCCACAUAGGAGAGAAGCCAUAUCAAUGCAUGGAGUGUGGAAAGAGCUUUACUCGUAGGGAUACUCUUAAUUCCCACAAGAGGAUCCACACAGGAGAGAAGCCAUAUCUGUGCAUGGAGUGUGGGAAGAGCUUUAGAUUCAAAAGAGCUCUUAGGAGGCAUAAAACAAGUAGCCACUCAGGAGAAAAGCCUUAUAAAUGCAUGGAGUGUGGAAAGAGCUUUAACUAUAGCACUAGUUUUAAUUCCCACAUGAUAAUCCACACAGGAGAGAAGCCAUAUCAAUGCAUGGCGUGUGAAAAGACCUUUAUUCGUAGGAGUCAUCUUAUUUCCCACAAGAUAAUCCACACAGGAGAAAAGCCAUAUCAAUGCAUGGAGUGUGGAAAGAGCUUUACUCGUGGGGAUACUCUUAAUUCCCACAAGAGGAUCCACACAGGAGAGAAGACAUAUCAAUGCAUGGAGUGUGGAAAGACCUUUACUUCUGGCAGUAAUCUUAAUUCCCACAAGAUGAUCCAC